CUACAGCCCCCAUACGGUCUCACAAACACGCUCAUAAACAAUGUCUGCUGCUGCCCCGUUAUUAGCAAAGAAGUUAAAGGUUGCAUUAUUGCAGUUGGCCGCUGGUGCCAACAAGGCUGCCAACUUGAAGAAGGUGGAGGAAUACGCCACUCAGGCUUUGUCAGCCCACAAGGAUGUUGAUUUAAUCAUGUUGCCGGAGUGCUUCAACUCCCCAUAUGCCGUGGAAAAGUUCCGCGAGUACUCUGAACAGAUCCCACAGGGUGAAACAAGUCAGUUUUUAUCUGCAUUGGCCAAGAAGCUCAACGUUAUCAUCGUGGGUGGUUCCAUUCCGGAAAUCGAAGGCGAUAAGGUGUACAACACUUCCUUGACUUUCAAUGCAAGCGGCAAAAUAAUUGCUAAACACCGCAAGGUCCAUUUGUUUGAUAUUGACAUUCCCAAUGGCAUUACCUUCAAGGAGUCUGUCACCUUGUCUCCUGGUAACAAGGCCACUAGUUUCCAGUUGCCGGCGUUUGGCCAGGUUGGGUUGGGAAUCUGCUACGAUAUCAGAUUCCCAGAGCUUGCUGCUAUCUCUGCCCGUAAGAAUAAUGCCUUUGCCAUGCUCUACCCGGGUGCUUUCAACACCACCACUGGCCCUUUGCACUGGCACUUGUUAGCCCGCGCCAGAGCCAUCGACAACGAAAUCUUUGUUGUCUUGUGCUCCCCGGCGAGAGACCCAGACCCUUCCGUGUACCAGGCCUAUGGCCAUUCCUUGGUGGUUGACCCGUACGGAAAGGUUAUCGCAGAAGCUGGCGAAGGGGAGGAAAUUGUCUACUGUGAGUUAGACCCGGAAUUGAUUCCUAAGGUCAGAGAGGGGAUUCCAGUUACCUUCCAGAGGAGAUUUGAUGUGUAUGACGAUGUUGGUGUUACUGCUAAGGUGAGUGAUCUUUAGCGUGUGUGUUUGGCCCCUCAAUAUCUCUAUUUAUGAGCUUCCCGCAGUCCAAUGGCAGUGUAGAAUGGAUUAUAAGUUUGUGUAUUUAUCUU